AUGGCACCUUAUCCAAGGCCACAGGGGUACAACAAUCAGCAGCAAGGGUAUCCCCCACCUCAGCAACAGCAUGGUGGAAGGCAAGAAGAUGGGUUCACGAGACUUGAAGCAAUGAUGCAGCAGAUUAUUGGGUCCAAUGUAAAGAUUCCACUGAUUGAAGCUUUAAAGGAGAUACAUGGGUACGCAAAAAUGAUAAAGGACUUGAUGUCCCAGAAAUUAGAUUUUCAAGACUUGGCUACGGUUACACUUACUCAGACCUGUAGUGCAGUGGUGACGAGACCUAUUGCUGAAAAGCUGUCUGAUCUAGGUAGCUUUACAAUUCUAUGCAUUAUUGGGAAUUUCGCCUUUGCUAAGCUGGCUGACAAGACUAUGAAGCGUCUAUUCGGUAUCCUUGAUGAUGUGCUUAUUCAGGUGGGGAAAUUUGUAUUCCCUGCAGAUUUUGUGAUCUUGGAUUGCAAAGUGGAUGAAGAGAUUCCUAUAAUCUUAGAAAGACCAUUCUUGGCCACGGGGAUAGCUCUGAUUGACUGUGAGACUGGGAGCUCAAAAUGA